AUCAAAAAGGCGUGUUCUCUAACUUUGGAUGUUCAUAAAUAAAAUAACUGCUCGGCGCUGACAACCUAAGAUAAAAGCUCUAAUUUGAAUUUUCAACGCAUUCCCCCUUCUUGACCUUCCCUCAAUGGCGGCAGCCUCGCUUGACCGUAUUACUCGGCCCUUCUCAAGAGGGCGGCGGCCAGCGUUCCCGUCGCACUGCGCCUGCUCCGACCUUUCCAAGAUGGCGGAAGAGCAAAGGCUCCGCCCUCCCCCGCCGGACUUUGCCAAGAUGGCGGACGGCAGUGGAGCGUCGCGCUCUCAGGAGGAGGGAGGAGGUGUCAUGGCCGCCCCCGAUGCGGUGCUGAAGCGGACGAUGGAGGCCUUGGAGCUGCUGCUGGGUAGAGCCGGUGCGGCUGCCGGUAAGAAGGAGGGGGAAGGAGAUGGCCUCGCCUGCUUUGUCAGAUGCAUGAAGCGCAGAAUUCAAGCUACAGGUCCCGGCCAUCUUCAGGAAACCAAGCACGGUGAUCUGCUGGAAUCCUUACGCUUCAGCGUGGCCACUUUGGAGGAGAAGUUGGUGCAGGAUCCGCACUGGGGUGGCCUGCAGAGGCUGAGAAGUGAGCUCUCUCUGCCGACAUCGGGGUUGCCCGUCUCGCCUGGAGAUGUCCCGUGGAGUUUCACCUGCCACGCUCUACUUCUGCUGCAGUCCCUGAAGCGGUGCCUGGCCCUCGUGGCAGCCUCUUGCCAACCGGCUCAGCCGAACCCCAAGACAGCUGAGGCUGCCCCUCCUCUGAGCCCGGACACUCUCAGCAUCGCUCAGGAGAAGACUGUGCGGGCGGCUUUACAGUUUGUCGUCACCUUGGGCCUGUGCCCGUUCCUCUUGCCGGGCGUCGGGCUCCCCCUCCGAUGCAGGACGGAGUUCAGUGCUCAGGUUCAAGACAUUGUCCCGCGCAGCCAUCUGGCCGGUGCCAUGAGCAAGCUUUAUACCACAUGCAUGAGCCUGGUGGAGAUUGCUCAGCACCCGUCUCUGGGCAGCCUCGUGCUCACGCGCCACCUUGGGGACCUCUUGGCUGGCCUGUGUCAGCUUGGAUAUUGUCCGGUGAGAAGGAAGGAGAACGAUGAAGCAAAGAGAACGAUGGGCUUAACUGAAGAGGAGCGAGCCAGGUGCCGGAAGGCCUUGCAAGGUCUCUUGGACAGAGUCUACCAGCCCCUGGUGGUCCGAGAACUGCUGUUGCUUCAAGGUGGAUCCAAGCAGGGCUCCCAUUUCCCAAGGAAAGAUCACAGCAAGCCUUGUUUGGAGCUGGCCCCUGCCUGGCUUCGGCGUCUCUGUGGGCAGCUGCUCUCCGAGAGGUUGCUGAGACCCGGAGGAGUUCAGGCCGUGGUCCGUGGCAUCCUGGAGGGUGCAGGAGCCGGAGCAGCCGGGGGCCACAGUGCCGAAGCAGCUGCGGCCGAUUGGCAGAAGUGUGACACAGUGGCCCACAUCCUGUCCUCUUGCCCUCAGCAGUCACUCUCCCUGGAGGAUUACUACCAGCAGGUGUGCCAACAGGUUCUGCAGCUGUUCCACGUUCAGGAUAAGCUGGCCGCGCGCCAGUUCCAGCGAGUUGCCACCACAACGGUCCUCACCAUGGCAAGGAAGCACCCGCAGCAGGUGGAGAAGUAUCUUUUGUGUCCCAUGCUCGAGCCGCUUCUGCGCUGCUUGAAUGGAGCAGAAAUAUCCCCGGAAGACCUGCCGGAAGGGAAAGUGCUGGUGAAGGAAGCAGAGCUCAGUGUGUGCGUGGAAAACAUUUAUAAGGUGUACGUGGUUGGCAACGAACCUUCCCCUGUAAUGCUCUCCACCCUGAAGCGUGUCCUGGGAGGCGUCUUCUCCCUCUGGUGCUUCACGAAGCAGAACGUUUCUUUUCUACGCACCCCCAGCCAGGAGAUCCUGCUGUGGUUCCUGGAGAAGAGCGAGCGGCCGACAACUCUCGCGGCUCUGGAAGGAUUCGCCCAGCUGGGCGGAGGGCCCCCCCUGCUCCAUCCGCUCUGCCAGUUUCAAAUGGGCAGUGGCGGGGGUGUCAUGAUCACCGCCAAAGAAGCCGCCAGGGACGAAGAUGAGAUGCUGUAUCAGAGAGUGUGCGCGGAGCAGUGGCAGCUGGAGCAGCUGGUGGACUUGCUUUCCCAUUGCCAGAGCGGGGGCUUAGCCGGGGACUUCUUCCUGUGCCGCUUGAAGGAGCUGACCCUGGUGGCUCAGGGAGGAGCAGCAGAAAGGGCCCCUGUCUCCCCCGAGAGGGUCCAGAGCCUGGAGCAUCGUUUGGAGCCCAGCCAGGAGCGGGACGAGAGGAAGCUGCGGGUGCUGCAGCUGGUGGCUCUGCUGUGCGAGAACAUCUCGGGCACCCUUUUCACCGACAUUACGCAGGUUGUGGAAUUUGUGGCAGCGACUCUGGAGCGGGCCUGCGCCAGCGCCACGCACAACUCGGAGAUGACGGUGGAAGCCCAGACGCUGAGCAUGGCCAUGGGACUCGUGGCCGCCAUGCUCGGAGGAGCUGUGCAGGUGAAGCCCUCCGACUUCGCCGCCUUGAAGCGUCUGGUGCCCCUGCUGGAGGAGACGUCCCAGGUUCACCCGGAGCCAGUCAUCCAGGAGCUGGCCACCGACCUCCGCAUCGCCAUCUGCACCCACGGAGCCUUCUGCUCCGAAACGGUCUCGUCUGCUGCUCAGCGUACCCUGGGCAAGAGCCACACGGGGGUAGUGGGUGACGCGAGGGCUCGCGGGAGCCAAACCUCCGUGGAAGACCCCCAAGGCGAUCCCUCCCUGCCUAAGGCGACCACGCCACAGAACCCCGCGGGGAGCAGCUUGGCUACCAAGCCUAUCUCUUCCGCCCCGGAAGGGUGCCCCCCGGCUGCACCAUCUGGCACAGAGGCCGAGCCCGGCUCCCAGGACUCUCCGGGACUUCCAGAGCUCCUCUUAGCCGCUUAUGACCCCGACAUCCCCACCCGAACGGCUGCCUUGCGCUGCCUGUCCCGCUUGAUUGAGCGCAGGACCCCGGAGGCUCGGAAGGCGCAGGAGAUGCUGCUGAAGGUUUUUGUCGAAAACUUGGAGCACGAAGACUCGUUCGUGUACCUGUCUGCUAUCCAAGGCCUCUCUUUGCUCUCUGAUGUGUUUCCUGAACAAGUCAUCCCUUGCCUGCUAGCCCAAUAUGGCGAUGCUCCCUCGGUCACGCCGAAAGCACCAACGGUAGAGACCAGGAUGAAAGUAGGGGAGGUGCUGAUGCGGAUCACGCGCACACUGGGAGACACAGUCUUUUCCUAUCGAGACCGGCUGAUCCACGCUUUCCUGCGAGGGGUGAGGGACCCUGACAGCUCCCUCCGAGCGAGCAGCCUCUCCAAUCUGGGAGAACUGUGCCAGAUCCUUCAGUUCCAGCUGGGCUCCGUGGUCCAUGAGGUGGCUUCCUGUUUGACCGCCGUGGUGCAGACUGACCAUGAGGCUGAGGUGCGGAGAGCAGCUGUCCACGUGGUGGUGCUUUUGCUGAGAGGGCUCAGCCAAAGGGCCCUGGAGGUUCUUCAGGAUGUGCUGCUGGACCUCUACCGCCUGCUGAAGUCCGUGGUGCGCUGCGAAGAGGACGAAGUCACUGUGCUCCAUGCCCAGCUGGCUUUGGCAGAGCUCGACGGCAUCAUGAGGCAGUUCCUCUUCCCGCCUCAAAGUCUGGAGAAGAAGAUCGAGGUCCUUCCGUAGGGCCGGCCGAAGAGAAGCCUCCCACUGUAUUACAUCGCCGUGGCCUCGGGAAUGUGCCAGUGACCCUCAGGGAAGCAGGAAGCGGGUCGUGGGGUAGCUGAGGUUCUUAAGCCCAGAAACGCUGUUUUCAGUGGCCACAUGUACCCAUUGGGAGAGAUAGAGCUGGGCCGCUAAUGGAAGGUGAAACCAGUGGCAACAGAUUCUGAUUUCUGCUUCCUUUCUUUCUCCCAGGCAGGGGAUGCUGCAGAAAAUAAUUUCUUAAUUAGGGCUGGAAGCCUGAGAUGGGUGGGCAGGGUGGUAGGGCUCUCCUUGCCCUAUGGACUGGCCCCCGCACCGGCUGCUGUGUUCCAGGAUCGGGUCAACCUUCUUCAAGCCAUGUGGGACCUCCUGUGACUUUACUGCGAUGGGGAAGUGUUACUAAAACCGGACUCCUCCUCCUCCUUUGUCCCGGCUCAGAGGGCAGGGGAUGCACGUGGGAGGGUAGAGGCUGUUUCAGAAUCAUUUCUGGGAUCAGCCCUUGCAAUAAAUGGGGUUUGGACUGGAAA